UGGACCAGUUACAAACUUACUAGUAGUGGCUGUGAUCUGUAUCUGCUGCAUGAAUCAUUUUUCUCCACUCAAGAUGUUAUGGGUUGAACUUUCAACUUUCUGUAAGGAUUUCCUGCUUGAUUAAGAGUUCUCAUCUUCAUCAAAAAGAAAAAGAAAAAAGAAAACUCAUCACAUACCAAUCAUUAGACUGUGUUGUGGCAACUGCUUAAGAGUUGCAAGUUUAGAAAAUUCUCCACUUGAUCCGUACUUCUUUGUUAGAUAAUAAAUCCCGUAGUGAAAUUGUGAUAUUCUUCAUUCACUCUGCCUCUCUAUCCAAAUUGUUGAAGUUGUUCAAGCGUAAUUGAAGGCAUAACGAAAAACCAGAAGUUCUUCUCACUCUCUCAGUCUUUCUAUUGCUCUCUCUGAAAUGCAGAUUCUCUAAACCACUAGCUAGCUAGGCCACCCCUCUUGUCAACUUCCGAAGAUGAAGAAAAUAGAUAUGUUUUGUGCAUCUCAAGCUUCAACAGCCAUAUGCAUGAGCAUGGAUCGGCCUUCUUCCUCCUCCUCCACCAUUCAGCUCGGUGGCCCAACCAUUGAUCGCAGCAACCCCGUCAUCAGAGACCAAAAAAGAAUCCCAAGAACUCUCCCUUUAGUUCCUUGUACUUCUCAACCACCACCCAUCAACCCCGUCCCUUAUCAGCUACUUCACAAGAGCCAAAAAAGCACUUCAAAGAAUAAAGCCAGUGAUCAAAACAGCAACAAGAAGUCGAACUCUACAAAACCAAAACCCAAACCAAAUGAUCAAAAGACCAAGAAAAUCUCUUUUAAGCCAGAUGAUAUUGGUGAUGAUGAUAAGAAGAGUGCUGCUUCUCUUAAUGUUCCAAAACAUAUUGUUAGAAAGAGCUGGGCUAAGCUUGGGGGUUCUAUAAUUGCCCCUCCUGGCUCGUCUAGAAAUCUUUUGGGUCACGCAGCUUUCUUCGAUGGGAUACCAGACUAUGAUCCAGUUUCAGCACAGCUAGUUCCUGUUGAACCCAACAUGAGUACUCAAGCUUUAAGUAAAGAGGAAUCUACAGCUUCGAAACCAUCUUCAUCUUCAAGUCCGAAUCAGGUAGUGGUUUUGAGAGUAUCAUUACACUGCAAAGGUUGCGAGGGAAAAGUGAGGAAACAUCUGUCUAGAAUGGAAGGUGUGACAUCUUUCAACAUAGACUUUGCAGCGAAGAAGGUGACUGUUGUAGGGGAUGUGAUCCCGUUACGUGUCCUGGCGAGUGUGUCAAAGAUCAAAAGUGCUCAAUUCUGGACGUCUACGGCCGCUGCCGCUGGCUCAAAUAACACAGAGAAGUGAACAAGAAAUAAUAUACUUAAUAUUUGGCGAUUAUUCUAAGCUAAUUAAGUGUGAUUAGGUGCUUAAUUUAGUGUAAAUGCAGGCUUAGCAUGAGUGGCUGGACCCGAAUCUUUGUCUCUUUGAAGUUAGUAAGGAUCAGAUUAGGAGUGGUCAUCUGGUUCACUUUUCGACUAACAAGCUGGGACCUAAUUUGUUCCUGUGUGGUCGAAAGGAGUGGAGUUUUUUUUUAAAAUUAGGCAAUAUUGGAAUAAAUUAAAGACUUUUUAGCUACGCUCAUAGAGCAGUGGCCCAUUUUUAAAUCCAGUUUCCCAUGAUUUUGUUUC